GGCGGCCCCGAGCGCGGCCACAAAGACCCCCGGCGGCGUCUCUCCGCGGACCGGUUCCACUUUAACUCCAUCAUGUCCUUCGGCAGAGAUAUGGAGCUGGAGCACUUUGACGAGCGGGACAAGGCGCAGAGAUACAGCAGAGGGUCGCGGGUGAAUGGGCUGCCGAGCCCAACGCACAGCGCCCACUGCAGCUUCUACCGAACCCGCACGCUGCAGACCCUCAGCUCUGAGAAGAAGGCCAAGAAAGUUCGUUUCUAUCGAAAUGGAGAUCGAUACUUCAAAGGGAUUGUGUAUGCCAUCUCUCCAGACCGCUUCCGAUCCUUUGAGGCCCUGCUGGCUGACUUGACCCGAACUCUGUCGGAUAACGUGAAUUUGCCCCAGGGAGUGAGAACGAUCUACACCAUUGAUGGGCUCAAGAAGAUUUCCAGCCUGGACCAACUGGUGGAAGGAGAAAGCUAUGUGUGUGGCUCAAUAGAGCCCUUCAAGAAACUGGAGUACACCAAGAACGUGAACCCCAACUGGUCGGUGAAUGUCAAGACCACCUCGGCUUCCCGGGCAGUGUCCUCACUGGCCACUGCCAAAGGGAGCCCUUCGGAGGUGCGGGAGAAUAAGGAUUUCAUUCGGCCCAAGCUGGUCACCAUCAUCAGAAGUGGGGUGAAGCCACGGAAGGCCGUCAGGAUUCUGCUGAACAAGAAAACCGCACAUUCCUUUGAGCAGGUUCUCACUGACAUAACUGAUGCCAUCAAGCUGGACUCGGGAGUGGUGAAACGCCUGUAUACCCUGGAUGGGAAACAGGUGAUGUGCCUUCAGGACUUUUUUGGUGACGAUGACAUUUUUAUUGCAUGUGGACCGGAGAAGUUCCGUUACCAGGAUGAUUUCUUGCUAGAUGAAAGUGAAUGUCGAGUGGUGAAGUCCACUUCCUACACCAAAAUAGCUUCAUCAUCCCGCAGGAGCACCACCAAGAGCCCAGGACCUUCCAGGCGCAGCAAAUCCCCUGCAUCAACCAGCUCAGUUAAUGGAACCCCUGGUAGUCAGCUGUCUACUCCACGCUCGGGCAAGUCGCCAAGCCCAUCGCCCACCAGCCCGGGAAGCCUGCGGAAGCAGAGGAGCUCUCAACAUGGAGGUUCCUCUACUUCCCUUGCAUCCACCAAAGUCUGCAGCUCAAUGGACGAGAAUGAUGGACCUGGAGAAGGUGAAGUGUUGGAGGAAGGCUUCCAGAUUCCAGCCACAAUAACAGAACGAUAUAAAGUCGGAAGAACAAUAGGGGAUGGAAAUUUUGCUGUUGUCAAGGAAUGUGUAGAAAGGUCAACUGCUAGGGAAUAUGCUCUGAAAAUUAUCAAGAAAAGCAAAUGUCGAGGCAAAGAGCACAUGAUCCAGAAUGAGGUGUCUAUUUUAAGAAGAGUGAAGCAUCCCAAUAUUGUUCUUCUGAUCGAAGAGAUGGAUGUGCCAACAGAACUGUAUCUUGUCAUGGAACUAGUAAAGGGAGGAGACCUCUUUGAUGCCAUUACUUCCACCAACAAAUACACUGAGCGAGACGCCAGUGGGAUGCUGUACAACCUGGCCAGCGCCAUCAAAUACCUGCACAGCCUGAACAUUGUCCACCGGGACAUCAAGCCAGAGAACCUCCUGGUGUACGAACACCAAGAUGGCAGCAAAUCGCUGAAGCUGGGUGACUUUGGACUGGCCACCAUUGUAGACGGCCCCCUGUACACAGUCUGUGGCACCCCGACAUAUGUGGCUCCAGAAAUCAUCGCAGAGACUGGAUAUGGCCUCAAGGUGGACAUCUGGGCAGCUGGUGUAAUCACUUACAUCCUGCUGUGUGGUUUCCCUCCGUUCCGUGGAAGUGGUGAUGACCAGGAGGUGCUUUUUGAUCAGAUUUUGAUGGGGCAAGUGGACUUUCCUUCUCCGUACUGGGAUAACGUUUCUGAUUCUGCCAAGGAGCUCAUUACCAUGAUGCUGUUGGUUGAUGUGGAUCAGCGAUUUUCGGCUGUGCAGGUCCUUGAGCACCCCUGGGUUAAUGAUGACGGCCUCCCAGAAAAUGAACAUCAGCUGUCAGUAGCUGGAAAGAUAAAGAAGCAUUUCAACACAGGCCCCAAGCCGAAUAGCACCGCAGCUGGAGUUUCUGUCAUAGCAACCACCGCUCUUGAUAAGGAGAGGCAGGUUUUCCGACGAAGACGCAACCAGGAUGUGAAGAGCCGGUACAAGGCCCAGCCAGCUCCACCCGAACUCAACUCGGAAUCGGAAGACUACUCCCCAAGCUCAUCCGAGACUGUUCGCUCCCCAAACUCGCCCUUUUAAGAAGACCCUUUGACUCGAAGUCCUAGCUUAACCCUUUGAGACUCUGAGAUUUUUUUCCAAAUUUAUGUAAAACGGUUUCAUCUGAUCUAUCUAGCACUCAAUGCUUGAAUGGCAGAACAGAAAGCGUGUUUUCUGGUAUCGUUGUAGCGAUUUCUCUUGGCUCAAUGAGAUGACCACACGUCGUUUGCGAAGAUGGCACCUUGCUGCUAACAGGGUCCUCAAAGGGUUAAGGCUAAUCUGCAACUUUUUUAAACAUAGAAGCAAUGAAUGUGUUCAUCAGUCAAACUAGGAUCUGCAGUAUGUAAUAUAGCACAUGUUAACCCUCUGAGUGCAUAGGAUUUGACGGAGAACCCCUGGGGAAAUUUUCAGGCCUCUGGAUGUGUACACACGUGUUUCUUGAUUUUGCUGCAGAUCAAGGGAUGUUAUUAGAUGCUGAGAUGUCCAGACGAGAAGGACAUCUCGAACGAUAUCUUGCUUGUCGUUUUUUGUGGGUUUAGAAUAUAGCAGGCUUAUAACUUAGACAGAAGACCUCUCUUUCACAAUCCCAUGAUGAAAGGGACUUUUUCACUCGAGGGAUGACUGUCAGCUGCCGUGAGCCCUGCAUCCCAAGCGGAGGCAGUUGGGUCUGAGACAAAACAGCCUGACCCCAGGAACUAGAUGGCGCCCCCUUCCCCCAAAUUCUCUCCAUGUGAAGACGGCCUGAUGAUGCCCCAGAAAUGCUGCUUCCACAUCAGCUGCUGCUAGUUCCAGCACAGACCCUCGGAAGUCACCAUAUCUCGUCUUGUGCUUGGUGAAUGAGGGUCUGCCCGCUCAGGAUGAGACAUCUAUAGGAAUAAAAACAACUGGUGGGAAAGAGCAAUAAAUUGCCAGGUGCUCUAUAGGGCUGGGGUUUCAGACAGAAAGAGGAAACAAGAUCCUGUUCUUUUUCUUACCUGCUUUUCACACACCGCAGUCUUCAUUGUGAAAUCCGUGUAGAGUAUGAAAUCCAUACACAGGAGUCCGGGGGCACAGGGAUACUAGAGGCAGGUGCUUUGCAAGGUGGCCAAGGAGAAAGCACAAUCCAGAAUGUUCUAAAAAUGGGCUUUAAGAAAUCAACCCAUUGGUAGGAGAAUUCCAUGUGCACCUUUAGGUUACCUAAGUACAGCCUCCCAGGAAGAACAGGAUGAGGACCUACAAGGUACCCCUGAGAAUAAAACUGCUGUUCCCCAAGAUGACAUUUUAAUCCCACUGUCUUUAGCUGUCCACAGAGACAUGUUUUUCUCCCUUUGGGCCAAGUCCUGUCUGAGACCUGUGUUUUCACUCCCGUUACCAAACCUUUCUCAAAACCCAGCCCUGUAUCCCCCAUGAGUUUCUUCUGGAAUGUGUCCCAUUUCAGAAUGGGGACCUGCGGCUUCCAGUGUGUCACUGCAGUGCUUAGAGAAGAGGCUAGCCACGGUGUCUUGGAGACAGGGAUCCAGCUCAAAUGUCCUGCUAAGGUUUGCUCAGCAGUGUGAUCCAGGAGACAACCAGUGAGUGAUGGCUCAUGAAAUUGGCAACUUAUUGUCUCUGUUUUGCAUAUACUUCAGUAUCUGAAAGUCUUGGAACUUGUAGAGUCAGUUCUUUAUUUUCAAAUAGACAUUGGUCUUCAAUUGCUGCUUUUCACUCUUCAACUCAUAAAGUAUGGUCUGUAUUAAUAUAUAUUUUAAAACCACAACAUGUCAUAACUUUUGCAACGGAGCGUCCCCAAUUUUUUGCUCUUCCACAUUUUGGUUUAUCUCUUUGGUCUGCGUUGUCCUGACAUGUAAACAGUAGAUUAUUUAUUGAGAAUCCCCACCCCCGUUUGAGAGAGUUCUGGAAUGGUAGCGUACUCGUCGCAAAGUAGCACAAGUCGGUUAGGUUUGGGAUGGGGGAGGGAGGACCGAAUACCAGGAAGGGUGUUGGUGUGUAGGUAGAUACCAUAUUAGUAAAAUACCUUGAACCGGUCAGAAAUUACUGCUUUCUCUAGACCUAUAAAGCAAAGCACUAUCCUGAGCCUAAAGAGGAGCUGUAUAGGUUGGCCUCAACUUUAAAUGUGUGAAUAUGAAGAAUCCUAUGGGCAGAGACCUACCUGCGAUAGACCGUCACUUUCGUUUCUUUCUCUGAAUUACUGUUUUUCCCAUGGGAGUUACGUAUAUUGCUACAACCUCCAUGUACAGAGCAUACAGUGCAAGGCUCAGGCCUGUUUCCAUCCAAGUCUAGGGGGACCGUGGACCCUGCAAAGCUGUGGAGUGUUUCCCGGCACACUGCAGAGCGGCAGCUUGGAGGAAUGCAGGGCCCAUUGAACAUGGGGAUCCCAGCGCAUCGCUGUAGAAUUUGAGUGAUUUAUGCUGAAUAAACAGUGGAAUGUGACCUGUCAAGUAGAAAUAUUGAGUAAUCAGAUGGAAUGCAAUCUUCGGCAUUAAGCUAUUGAGAUUCUGAAUGUCAGAGAUGUACUCAGAGGGUUAACAGACAAGCACAAGGCAUGCUGAUUACAUUGGUGUAUCCAGACUGCUUUGCUUUUAGCCAGUGCUUUCUAAUUUUUUUCACAACAUUCUUGGGAUAGUUCAAGUUUGAAAUAAUUAAGUGGUGGUGUUCUUUAAGGAAUUUCUAUAACCAAAUUGAUCUUAUUUUUUAUUUUACUUUAUCAUAGAAUAUAUAUGUACCAUUAUGGCAGUGUAUCUCUGUAAUUAUCAAUUUAAUCAUUGCCACAGUGUUUCCAUAUUUUUUUCCUAAGUAUUUAAUAUAGCUCUUAUGGUGGUGGCCUGGUGAUGCGGACUGUCUUUCCUUUAUCGAUACAUGACCAACCAUAUGGUAUCUUCAAGGGAAUUUUUAGAUUCACCUUUUCAGUUUGGUAGUAGACUAAUUAAAGAACUUCAUGGCUUGCAUCAUGUAAAUCAUCUCUGUUAGAUGAGAACUGUUCAUAUUGAUGAACACAUUUUUUCUCAACAAUGUAGCAGAAAUCAUUUUCUUCAUCAUAAUCAAUGAAUACGUGAUUUGCUCCAGUCAUUAGCAGGAAAAGUAAGAUUUCAGUCAUUGAAAAUGUUUUUACCGUAGCCCUCACCUAACUUACACGUGGUGCAUAUUCAAAUAAGCAGAGAAAAAAAAUACAAAUAAACUGCUGAAAACACUUGGUGUUUUGUAUUCAGUGAGACCUUCUCGCAAUGCCCAGCACCCCCAUGGGUGGUGGUUAACAGGCCUGUCAGAUAUUGUUGAAAGAAGGCAAUAUAUCCACGAAUGAAGGCUAAAAUUGCAAUCCUUUACCCUUUGAGGCAUAUUUCAGUUGGAAAAAAAAAGAAAAGAAAAGAAAAGAAAAAUUGGUUUAGCGUAGAGGGUCACAGAGCUACUGUGCGACCGAGGCUCAGGCACAUUAAAUCACGGUCGUUUGCUGACCAAUGGCACCCAUUAGACAACUCUGUACCCCACGCUGAAGUGCCAUUGUGCUUGAGGAACAGCUUUCCUAAUAUUACUGUGUUGCUGCUAGCCCUUCUCAGGGUAAGGAUCUGUCAGCGUUUCCAUGAUAAACUUCUGUUUUCAAAGGUUUUUAAUUUGACCAUAAAAAGGUGCCCCAGGCUGAAGUUUGCUGUAUAGGGCCUGCACCAAAGAGUGAAGGUUUCGCUUCCUUCUCUUUUCUGCCUAAUUCUCCCCCAGAAAGGGGCAAUGACAACAAAAAAUUGGGUUGUGUCCCCUUCUUCACUGUAAGUUCAGAAUUUUGGAAAGCACCAAGACCCAAGAUGGUAGUUUUAAUGUAAUGAUUCAUUUGGAUGUGGGUUUAAACAAAAAUUAAUGAGUCACCUGGCAUAUACUGUAGAUAACAUCUUUUCUAUAAUUUGUAAAUUAAUUUUUUAAACUGCUACAUGAUUUUUUUUUUUUUUGGUCCAAAGACCUUUAAAAAACUUGAAGUUGGUCUGUUCAAAGGUUAGCCUUUCCUGCGUGUUGUCUGCCAUUUCCAUUAGGAGUUUAGGGAAAAUACUCUCAGACCGACCCUUACUUUGCAUGGAGUGAUAGAGGGUCAGAUAUAUGCUUCUGUUGGAGAUAUGGAUUUCUUUAUUUAAUCAUCACGAAGCCAUUCUUGUCUGUUGGGGGAAAACGGUGAUUAAAAGCACUUCCAAAAUUAACAUUUUGUCAGUUCAGAUACGGUAAGAGCAUAAAUUAACACACUUUACACUUUUUUUGUUGUUUAAAGGCAAAUAAAUCAACAAAACUUGAAGACACUAAACAUUUGAUUACUGCAAAUGUGCUUUAAAAUUGGCUCAAUGGUGCUUAUACAUAACACAGUAACAAAUGGGGUUCCUAGGACUGUCAGAAGGAAUCUUUAAUUUGUAUGUAAUUACAUACUUGAGGAGGAGGUGCUUUUAAGCCAGUCUUUUAUUUUUUAAUCAUCUCAAAUAUGCAACCAUCCAUCCAGUAACAUUAAGGGUCGUAAACUGGUGGGAAACAGGAAAUUCAGUGUAGAGGCUUAGAAUACCUCGGGUUAAAGUUGGGGGGCAGGUUCUCUCCCUUUGGUUUUGUUGUUGAUAGACUUCAACGCUGGAGCUGCGGUGAUCAUUUUUCAGUGACCGAGCUUCUAACUGGCAGGUGUUUUGAUCAUGAGGUUUGCAAUAUCUUGCCCUUGGAGACAAGAGAGAAACCUAGUUUCCUUCUUUUUCCCUAAAGGAAAAGCGGUCUCUAUAAUUAAACCAUACCUGUAAAUUUCCUCAACAUUCUCUUUUGGUCAGCUGAAUGGAGACCCUUAAUGUUGCUUUAAUGUAAAAUUGUAUAUUUUUGUCUGUGAUAUACUUUAUUAAUUUAAAGUAAAUAAUAGUUCUAAAAGCCUUCACUGUCGGUAUUAAGAGAAAGUAGGAUUUUAAAAGUGAUGAUAAAGAUGCUAUAAUGUCAAUUCAUUCCAGUCCAAUCGAAUGUGGUAAGAAAAAGACCUUGAAUAGUUCUCUAGGGACAAUUUCUCACUUGCCAUUGACAUUAAUCUUUGAUGUCUGCUCAGAAAAAAAUAAAAAGAAAUUGAAACUGGUCCAAGGUUAGAGUCAUAUCCUCGAUAACUAUUUUUUUUAAUUUUAUUAGGAAAUUAAUAAUAGCCUUUUUCAUUCUGGCUGAAAGAAAAUUAUUAAAGGAUUAGUUGAGUGUGAAAUUAAAUAGUAUUUUGCUCAUGCAUACUAAAAAGGUGGGCUAGGUACUUGAUGUGUUUAAACAAGUUUCUGGAAGGUUUCAAUUUGGUGCAAGAAAAAAAUUCAAUGUUUCCUUUGAAAAUACUGAAUUUAUCAAUUGCUGCAUGGAUCAGAUGGCAUAGGUUAAUCUUUGAUUUUCAGAAUCUUAAUGAAAUAACUUUCAAACGAUUUGUAUCCGUGAUUAAAGCUGGAAUGAGAUCAAAUUUUUUCCCUAAUCUCUCAGUUUAAGCUAAUAAAUGUAGGUUAAUGUGGAAUGAAAUCAUCUGUGAUAUAUUAUGUUUAUUUAUCAACUGAGCUUUUUUGAUGUUGCCUGUUUUUAUGUAAAACAUGUUCUUAAAGUUAAUAAAAUAAUAGUACUUGGUGUAUGAA